AUGCAUAAGCAUAUGAUAAAAAAACGAAAACUUAAAUUUUUGUCACGUUAUAAAGAUAAUACAAAUAUCCAUGUAUUAUUAAUAAUAAUAAUAGCAGUAUUGAUUAGAAUCUUUUGUAUAAUAUAUACAAUUAUAUGGAGUAAAUUAAUAAGUAAUUAUAAGUUAAGUAAUAAUUUAUUAUGUGAAAAUGGAAUAUUAUGGGAAUAUAUAAAAUGUUUUUCAUAUUGGGAUGGAGAAUAUUUCUUAAGAUUAUCAUUAAAUAAAACUGAGUAUUCUUAUGAACAAAAUCAUGCAUUUUUCCCUUCAUUACCAUUAAUUAUAAUAUUUACAAAAAAGUUAUUAAAGAAAUUUAUACUAAAUAUUGAUAAUUGUGCAAUAAAUGUUUUAAUAGCAGUAAUAAUAAAUAAUGUAUUUUUUGUUAUAGCAACCAUUGGAAUAUAUGUAUUCUCAUUAAUUCACUAUGAGAAUAAAAAAAAUUAUGAAAAUAAAUGUGAUUUGGUGACAAAUGAACGAGAUUGUUUUUAUCUACGUAAUAUUAAAGAUGAAAAAGAGAGUUAUAGUUUCAGCUUUUUUUUAUCGAUUUUAUAUUCAUUUACAAUUGGAAAUAUUCAUGUUAGUUCAUUUUAUAAUGAAAGUAUUUUUAGCUGUUUCUCUAUAUGGGGAUUUAAUUUUUUAAAAUUAUCAUCAAGUACUCAUAAAAUGAGUUCCAUUUUUGAAAUAUUGUCUGUAUUAGCUUUUUUUAUAGCUUCUUUUUUUAGAUCAAAUGGGAUUUUAUUUUUGAUACCUCUUUUUUUCUUUAACAUCAAUUCAUGUAAAUUUUGUCAAUUUUACAUACGCAGUAAAAUUAAGAAAAAUAAAAAUACAAUUUUUUCUUAUUUUUCUUCUAAAAGUUGUAUUUUUUAUUUUAUAGUCCACUGGCUAAAAGCUUUAAUUGAAGCAAUUAUUGUAGUUUUUCCUUUUUUAAUUUUUCAAAUUUAUUCUUAUCAUUUAUAUUGUGCUCAACACAGUGAUUUAUGGAAAGAACAAAAUAAAACUUUUUAUUUGUUUUUAAUUAAUUUCAUAAAAAAUCCAUUAAAUUAUAUGAAUAUAUGGAAUAAUAAAAGUCUGCUAAUAAAUAGACAAUGGUGUAACCAAAAUUUUCCUUUUAUUUAUAAUUACAUACAAUAUAAGUAUUGGGGCGUCAGGUUUUUAAAGUUUUUAAAGGAACCAAAUGUUAAUAUACUAUACUCUGCACCUAUAUAUUAUAUAUCUUUUCAUUGUGUAUAUAAUUUUUUUAAAUAUAAUAAUUUUAGCGUACACAGAUUAUCCAUACUGUUAAAUCAUUUUAUUGGUUGUAUAGUACAUUUAUGUAUAUUGUCUCUUUAUAUAUUAUUAUUUGCACAUAACGAGAUAAUAUUAAGGUUGAUUAUAAGUUCUCCAAUAUUUUUUUUACACUAUGCUUAUUUAUUAAAAUAUUAUGAAAAUUGGAAUUAUCUUUUAUUUAUAAAUUUAUUUUAUUUUUUUGUUGGGCCUCCUUUAUUUGGUACUUAUAUAGCUUGGACUUAA